GAUUCUUCCCGGCCAUUUCAUCCCCACCUCGCAAGUGUGCUUACUGCGUGGUACGGCAAUAAGCGCCUUCCCAAAUACCCUAUUCUUUCUCCUUUUUUACACCUAUGCCACAACGUGGUCCGAAGCAUGGAGAACCGGCCGUAAAAGGUUUGGGGGAAGCGGGGAAGAGCAGCUUCUCCUUUGUCUCUUUUUUGGUUUUGUACUCUCUUCCGAGCCGCAUCGCUUUCUUUUCAGGUCAGCUCCGACCUUUCUCUCUUUCUUCUUGGAUCCGCGGCGGCUCUCCAUCGCAUUCGGUUCGCCGGAGGGGGAAUCGCGGCCGUUGUUUUCACUGUUUUGCUCGAUUUUUUUCUUCUCGAUCCAUGUAAGGGGCUUCUUAUUCGGUGCUGCUUUACGGUCUUUUGAGUAGCCAUGAAUGGAUUUCCCCUUCCGCACUUGCGAAUGCCAUCUUACCGAGGAACGGCCAGGGAUGCGUGAUUUGUGCGGGCGGGGCUAAAUUCCCUCUCGAUUGUUGGGCUUGGUAUUAGCGGAGAGCUUCUUUAGUCAGAAGUUUGUGGCUUAACGAAAUUUAUAGGUGUGGGAGAGGAUUUGAGGUUGAAGAUGGAGGGAGAUGUGGAUGCGGGACUCGCGCCUCCUAUUUUUCUUCACAAUCAAACUCUUCCCGGUCGGUUCUCUGACGCGUCGCCGAUGGCGAGAAAGCGAGAUUUACCUUGGGGUAAUCCUGGCUUCCACCAUGUUCAUCAUAAGCAGGAGGGCCAGCAAUGGUUCAUUGGGUCUGGUCUUUCUACGCCUAGCCAUUCAAAUAGCUGGAACCCUAAGAUGUGGAAAUGGGACAGUGUGAGAUUCUCCUCAAAACCUUCCGAGGAUGUGCCGGAAGUGUUAUGUCUGGGCACUCAGGGGGUUGCUGGAGCUGCAGAGAGCGGUAGCUGUGUAGAGCAGAGGAAAAACAUGGAAGAGGGUGGGAAGUCUCAACUUUUGCGUGAGGGAAUGGAGGAAGGUGAGAAUCUAGCUUUGAAGCUUGGUGGUGGUGGAUGCAGAGUGGAGGAGCAGGUUGGGAGAGCUAACAAACGAGUUCGAUCUGGAUCACCUGGAAGUGCUGCUAGUUAUCCCAUGUGUCAGGUUGAUGAUUGCAAAGCAGAUCUUUCGAACGCAAAGGAUUAUCACAGGCGGCACAAAGUCUGUGAGUUUCAUAGCAAAACUGCCAAGGCCCUUGUUGCCAAGCAGAUGCAGAGAUUCUGCCAGCAGUGCAGCCGAUUCCAUCCGCUUACGGAGUUUGAUGAGGGAAAAAGGAGCUGCCGCCGCAGGCUUGCUGGACAUAAUCGCCGUAGGAGAAAGACCCAACCCGAGGAUGCAUCAACCAACAUUUUGGCUUCUGAAAGCCAAGAUGCAAAAGUUAGUGGGAGCGUGGAUAUUGCCAAUUUGUUCGCCAUUCUGGCACGGUUGCAAGGCAAUAUUGCGGGCAAACCUACAAGCAUGCCAUCUGUACCUGAAAGAGACCAGCUUAUACAAAUUAUAAACAAAAUUGGUUCUUUGCCUCCUACAAUUCCCUCUCCGAAAACACUGGUGCAAAGAAGCUUUGAUCUUAAUGUCUCCCAAGCUCCACAGCAAAGUUCUUCGGAGCAGCCAUCUCAAGGGAGAGGUAAUCUAAGUAUUCCAUCAACAAUGAACUUACUUGGGGUCCUUUCAGCAGCUCUUGCAUCAUCAAAUCCCAAUGUUCUGGCAAGCAUGUCGCAAGAGAGCAGCCAUGAAAAUGGAAGCAGCAAGAGCAGGGAAGCAUGUCAGAAAGCUAUAAAUAGUAUUAAUUCACAAAACAAGGCUGCUUCUGUGUUUCCACCAUCUAGAGACAGAGAAACAGACUUUAAUGGACAUUCUCAGUUAAAUUCUUCUGAACAUUCUAUUCUUAUUGGGAUGCCAAGUUUGCCAUUGCAGCUAUUUGGAUCCGCUGGAUCCGCUGAAGAUGAUAGUCCUCCAAAACUUGGGUCUGCAGUUAAAUAUCCAUCCUCUGAGAGUAGUAAUCCAAUAGAAGAUAGAUCUCCUUCAUGUUCGCCUCCUAUUGCAAAGAGGCUAUUUCCUCUUCGCUCCGAAUCUGAUAAAAAAGAGGAAAGCAUGUCGAUAUGCAGGGAAGAUCAUGCAGUAGCUGAAGCGAGCACAACAUGUGGAUGGGCUCCACCGUUGGAACUGUUUAAGGAUCCAGACAGGCAGCUUGAUAAUCAAACAGUUCAAAACAUGCCAUACUCGGGAGGGUAUUCAUCAUCUUCUGGCUCUGAUCAAUCUCCUUCCAGUUCAAAUUGUGCUGUUCAGGAGAGAACUGGACGAAUUAUUUUCAAGCUUUUCGACAAAGAUCCCAGCAAUUUACCUGGAACACUUCGAUCUGAGAUAUUGAAUUGGUUGUCUCGUAGUCCAACUGAAAUUGAAAGCUACAUCAGGCCUGGCUGUGUGGUUUUAUCUAUUUAUUUAUGCAUGGCAUCAGCUGCAUGGCAUGAGCUUGAGGAGGACUUCCUUCAAAGGGUUACUUCACUUGUUAACUGCUCUGGCUCAGAGUUCUGGAGAAAUCUAAGGUUUUGGGUCCGCACGAGUACACAAAUUGUUUCACACAGGGAUGGGAAAAUACGUGUCUGCAAGUCUUGGAGAUCUUUAACCGCUCCUGAAAUAACAUCCAUAUCUCCCAUUGCUGUUUUGAGUGGACAAGAAACUUCAGUCAUUCUUAAAGGCCCCAAUUUGUCUAUUCCAGGAACCAAAAUUCAUUGCACUUAUAAGGGCGGGUAUUGGUCGAAAGAAGUAUUUGGUUCAACACAUGCAGGAGCGAUAUAUGAUGAUUCCGGAACAGAGAGUUUCAUUCUUCCUAAAGAUUCACCUUUUUUGUAUGGACGCUAUUUCAUUGAGGUUGAUAAUGGUUUCAGAGGGAACAGUUUUCCUGUUAUAAUCGCUGAUGCUACUAUCUGUGAGGAACUAAGAUCGCUUGAAGUUGAGUUCGAUGAAGAUCUAGAUGCCAUUUCGGAAGACCUGUAUCAAGAGAGUAGAAGGGCGCAAUCCAGGGAGGAUACCCUUCACUUUCUGAAUGAACUUGGUUGGUUGUUUCAGAGAAAGAACCAUUCAGAUUUCCCCUUCAUAGAUUUCGCUGCUUCACGGUUCAAGUAUCUCCUUACAUUUUCAGUAGAGAGAGACAUGUCUGCUCUUGUGAAAAAGCUUCUGGACGUACUAAUGGAAAGAUGCCAUGGAGGUGAUUCUGUAUUGAAUGAAUCACUGGAACUGCUACUUGAGCUCCAGUUGCUAAGCCGAGCAGUGAAGAAGAAAUGCAGGAAUAUGGUUGAGUUGCUUCUCAAUUACUCUGUAAAGAAUGAAAUAACUAAAGAUUCAAGAACGUAUCUGUUCCCUCCUAAUUACACAGGCCCUGGUGGAUUGACCCCUUUGCAUCUAGCUGCAUCAAUGGGGAAUGCUGAGGACAUGGUUGAUGCACUAACAAAUGAUCCACAAGGGAUUGGGCUGAACUGUUGGGUUUCGAAGAUGGAUGAGAGCGGCCGGUCUCCCUCCUUUUACGCAUCAUCAACAAACAACUCAUACAACAUGCUUGUAGCAAGGAAACUUGUAGAUAAGAAGAAUGGUCAGGUAUCAAUCAAGAUCAGACAAGAAGAUAAAUCCAUGGAGAAUAUUUGUGCUGAGUUAAAACCAGCGGCAAAGCAUGUUAAUGCUUGUAGUUUAGAAGCAAUGGCAAUAAGUUCAUGUGCCCAAUGUGCCCUGGCAGCAGAAGCUCGCCUUGUCAGAAUAAACCAUCAUCGGGGUUUUCUCCAGCGUCCAUACGUCCACUCCAUAUUAGCAAUUGCGGCGGUUUGUGUAUGUGUCUGCUUGUUCUUUCGUGGGGCUCCAUUUGUUGGUUCCAUUGCUCCCUUCAAGUGGGAGAAUCUGGAUUUCGGUCCAAGAUAGCUUCCAAGGGAAAACAGCAGCAGAAUGUAGAAAAAUAUCUUUUUUAUCUGAGUUUGAGGUGGCAUCCAUGGAAAGUUAGCAAGAGUCGUUGUGAAGCAAUUAGUGUUUGCUCUUUAUGAUCCAGGUUAUGUGUUGAAACAAAUGCAUCUCUUUUGGCUUCCAUGUCUAACUUAGUU